GGCAGUCCUUCAGUUGUUGCUUAGGUCACCCAUAGACCUGCAGAACCUUUGGGCUGGUCCUGCUGUGAAGGGUCAGCCUUGCUGCUGCCUGGGUGGAAGGCCCCUGACCAAGCCUGAGCAAAAGAUGUAGCCGAGUUUUCUCACAGCAUGGAUAACAGCAGUGGUCCUGUUCUCUUUACCUUGCUCCUGCUGCAGAAUAUGAGCAGCCCCAAAGCCUCCGCCCCUCCUGCUGGCUAUGACAUGGCAGAACCUCCAGCCCCGGGAGCCGGCCCCAGCAGGAACCACUCUCUGCUAGAAUAUCGGCUGAGGCCUGGGGAAAUCGCAGCUGCCAGCGUGGUCUGGGGAGUGCUGUGGCUGAUCUCUGUCUUGGGAAACUUCCUCGUUUGCUUAGUGAUUCACAGGAGCAGGAGGACGCAGUCCACCACCAACUACUUUGUGGUGUCCAUGGCCUGUGCUGACCUCGUGAGCAGUGUGGGGAGUGCGCCCUUCCUGCUGCUGCAGCUGAGCUCCGGGCGGUGGAUGCUGGGCAGCGGGGUGUGCCGGCUGGUCAGGUACAUCCAGUACCUCACACCUGGGGUCCAGAUCUACAUGCUCCUUGCCAUCAGUGUGGAUCGAUUCUACACUCUCAUACAUCCCUUGAAUUUAAGGGCUUCCAAGGAAAAAGCCAAGAGAAUGACUCUGGUCUCUUGGCUCUGUGGUGCUCUGUUUGCAUCACCGGCCUAUUUUCUCUAUGGCUCCAGAAGUGACCACCACUGCAACUUUUUCCUCCCCAGUUCUUGGCUAGGAGCCGCCUCUGGUGUCAUCCACCUCUCAGUGCUGUUGCUUUUGAUCCCAUCACUCCUUAUUAUCCUCUGCUACCAGAAGCUCUUCACCUGCAUUUGGAGAAGUGACACUGAGGACACAGGUGGAAGGAGGACAAUGAAUCUUGUCUCAAGAAGAAAAAUGAAAACUGUCAAGAUAUUCUUCAUCUUUGUCUUGGAUUUUCUUCUGUCCUGGCUUGCUUUCUUUGUGGUACAGUUGUGGCACCCACAGGAAACAGACUACAGAAAGAGCUCCUUGCUUUUCCUGGCCAUCACCUGGAUCUCUUUCAGUUCCUCAGCCUCUAAGCCAACCCUCUUCUACAUCUAUAAUGCAAACUUCAGAAGAGGGAUGCAAGAAAUUUGUUGCAUGUGGAAAUACCCCAGAAGCAACAUCUACACCAUUACCACCAGUUCCAGGACAGCUGAAAAUAAUCACAUUAUCCCAGCACCAGCCCAGCCUCACAAAGACUCCACCUGUGAUGCUUUUAAGGUUUUUAGAGAAGUCAAGGAGCAUGAGCUUGCCAGGCCUGGUGAAUCCAAUCCCACAAAUACAUUUGCCAAGAGGGUUUCAUUACUUUGAAAAGGAAUGGAUGAGCUGUGGGGGUGCUAUGUUACUCCAGAAGAAGGAGGAUCUUUUACUCUUUUGAAGCAAUAAAUAGGUACAUAUUUUAUACCAGCUCCUAGGGUAGAAAAAGAAUAAAUGGUCUGUAUUAUUUAA